UGAUUAGUUUGUCCACGAGGUGGUCUAAUGCACCAUUUCAUCGUGCAAUACCUGUGAUGAAGAUCACUUCAUCUGCUGUUCAAAUUCUUUGAGAGUGGAACCCGAGUAAUAGGAAUAGAAGACAAUGGCAGCAGUAACAGACAAAGUUCUUUCCUGGUUGUGCCGAGGGGGAAACUCGUCGACGACGAACUUUUCAAUAAUUCUUCAUCCUGAGGAACAUAGGACACCUAAUACAUGUUCAACGGACAUUGUUCUCUUCAGCAUUAACUUGGUAUUCUGUAUAUUAACUUCACUAGUUUUCUUUUUCGUACGACUAUGUAACAUCUCACGUACGACUGAUCAUGACUACAUCAUCCGUUACCCAGGGCAUGUGAUCCGUUGGUUGCUUUACAUACUCUAUAUCCUCAUCUGUCUGACGAUGCUCGGAGAAGGUAUAUUAACCUCUCAUCAACAUCACUUUGGAGCUCCACCGAUUAUGUACAUCUCACCAUUAGCUGCACUCCUGGCCUCUAUCUUUGUAAUGUUAUAUUAUCAUUACAUGGAGUAUUGGGAUCUACCUGGAAUGUGGCCUUUACAGUUGUUGUAUUGGGUUUCCCUCCUCAUCGUGGAGUGCUUCAGAGCUUUUGAUUUUUAUCGCGACGACAUUACAUCACGUGACAUGAUCUGGGUGGUCAAUAAGUCAAUGAUAGCUGUUGAUGGAACGAUGUGUUUAAUCGAGAUAUAUCUCCUGAUCAAGAAGGGAUUCAGCCUCGUAUCUUCAAACCAAAUUCAUUCUGAGCUCAAGGAAAGGAAGUACCUUCAUGAUGACUGCAGUUUACCUUCUGCGCUUCUUUAUUCCUGGAUGAACGGAAUGUUUAAGAAAGGCAUGCAUGAAGCUAUUGAAAUCGAUGAUAUGGGAAGUUUACCCGAGGAGCAUUCAGCAAAGUACAGUAGUGAACGCUUUGCAAAGAUUCUACUUCAAGAAAAGGAAAGAGCGAGAAAGAAAGGCCGCGAGAUCAGUUUUAACCGAGCGCUCUUCCAUUUCCUUAAGAAAGGAUUAUAUGUAUCUGGAAUUCUCAAAUUCGUCGGAGAUUCUUCAGGUUUUGCAACACCGUAUUUAAUAUCUGGUAUUAUCACAUGGGCAACCUUACAUGGGAAGGACUCCGGCGAGACAGGGCAAACAUAUCAAAUGACGGAAUCAUAUUACAUCACAGUAGGAGAUUUCUUUUCCAAUGGAUUUGUUCUCGUGAUAGCCCUCUUUUUCCAGUUGGUUUUCCAGAAGAUCUGUACUCAAUUAAGUUAUCAUUACGUCAUCUUAGAGGGAGCCAAGGCCAGAGCUGCUAUUCAGUCAGCAGUGUAUUCUAAAACCUUGCGUUUGUCAACUUCUGGGAUUGGAAGCGGGUCGCUAACCCAGGGCCAGAUUGCUAACCAUAUGUCUGUUGAUCCUCGAAGUAUCUUCUUAGCACUACAAUGGAUCCAUUCCAUCUGGUCGAUACCUUAUCAGGUCAUUGUUUUCGUGAUAAUCCUCUACUACCAGCUGGGAUUUUCAGCCCUUGUUAGUUGUUUGGUCCUUCCACUCUCGAUACCUAUUCAAAUCUACAUUGCUAAUAGACAAACUUUCUACCAAAAAGGAGCAAUGAUACAAUCAGACGAGCGCUUAAAGCAGACUAACGAGGUCUUACAAGGAAUGAAAGUUGUAAAAUUAAAUGCCUGGGAGAAAAUAUUUCAAAAGGCUAUCGAGAUCACCAGGAGGAAAGAAGUUAAAAAGCUCAGGAUUCAGAUGCUGUGGCGGGUUCAGCUAAAUACCUUGGCCAAUGCAGUACCUCUUCUUCUCAUGCUUUUCGCUCUGAGCUUGUAUAGUGUAUUCUCUGGUAAGAGUUUGACUCCUGAUGUAGCCUUCACGUCGCUUUCAGUGAUCAACCAGCUUCAACUCCCUUUACAAUUACUACCUCGUGUAUCUGCUUUCUUUGUCAUCGCUGUAGUCAGUAUGCGUCGAUUAGGAAAGUUUUUCAAAGCACCUGAGAUCGAAGGAAAUUUGUUGACUGGUAAAGGGAUGAACGGAGACACCGUUGAUGAAGAGUAUAAAGAAAAGGUUUCUGAUUCCAGCGCUUUAAUUAAGAAAUUGAAGAAAGGAAAUGUCAAGGAAUAUGGAGCAACCCAUUAUACAAGAUUAACGAACGGUCAUAGUGAAUCGGACGCCGAAGCUAUUCCAAUGAUGAGCAUAAAUGGUGACACACUUCCAGCCAACAUUGCAUUGAAGGUGACUAAUGGGUCAUUCUCAUGGAGCGGUGAGACUCGGACACCGAUAAUAUCCGACGUAAAUAUUGAUAUUCCUGCAGGUAAACUUACAAUGAUUGUUGGUAAGAUAGGAGCGGGUAAAUCUUCUCUCUUGUCAGCCAUGUUGGAUGAAAUGAUCACAUUGAAUGGAGAUGUCAAGCAACGAAGCAAAAAGAUCGGAGUUGCAUAUGCAGCACAGACAGCAUGGCUCAUCAAUGCUAGCCUGAAGGACAAUAUCCUAUUUGGAAAACCUUUCAACUACAAAAGAUACAAACGGAUAUUGCAUGCCUGUUGCCUGCAACCAGACAUUGACAUUCUUCCAAUGGGAGACCUAACGGAGAUUGGUGAGAAAGGUAUCAACCUUAGCGGAGGUCAGAAGCAACGCAUCAGCGUCGCAAGGGCAAUGUAUAGCUCAUAUGACGUCGUUAUUUUAGACGAUCCACUAUCUGCUCUUGAUGUGCAUGUUGGUAGUCAUAUGUUCUUCAAAGGUAUUCUGGAUUUCUUGAUUGAGGAAGGAAGAACUGUUGUUCUUGUCACCCAUCAGGUUCAAUACUUGGAUCACGCUGAUCAAGUUAUCUACCUGCAAGAUGGAUAUGUAUGUAGGAGAGGAACAAUGAGAGAAAUUGAACAAGAUGAUCCCAGCCUUGUACAGUCUUGGAAUGUAACUCUAAAAACUGAUAAUGAGAUAGAAACGGCAGUAGGAUAUUGCAGUUCAACAGAUGAAGAACGAGAAGUUCUAAAAAAACGAGUCUCAAAGUCCAAGAAAGGUGAACAGAAUGACAUAGAGGUGAUUGAUGAGUCUUCCAGUACAUUGAUCGGUUUGGAAGAGAGAAAUCGAGGUUCCGUAUCUAUCUGGUAUUACUGGUAUUACCUAUGUAAGUUUGGGUUAUGCCAAGGCUUCUUGGUCUGUUUAUUUGCAAUACUUCAGAACGCUGCUACAGCCGGAACACAGUUCUGGCUUUCUGCUUGGUCAUCAGCUGGAGCCGAAUUACCAGUUAAUGCAACAGUUGAAGAAAGCAAUGCUGUGCUAAAGAAGUAUGUGGGUAUAUAUUGUGUUCUGAAUGGAUCUGAUAUUCUGUUGGGCACUGUAUGGACUACGAUACUACUCAUCCAGUGUGUUCAUGCUUCAAAGACUCUACAUAAUUUGAUGCUUACUAGAAUACUCAGAGCACCAAUGAGAUUUUUCGACACGACUCCGCUUGGACGAAUCAUGAAUCGUUUUGCUUCAGAUAUGCAGAAACUUGAUCAGACGCAAGGACCUUUUAUCCUGGGUUUAUUUAAGUUUCUCUUGAGUACUUUGGCUGGUGUAGUAGUUAACGCAAUCAUCUCUUGGUAUUUCAUCGUUGCUAUGAUACCUAUUACAUUGGCUUACAUGAUUCUCAUGAAAGUAUUCAUCGAUACAUCUCGGGAAAUGCAACGGUUAGUGAGUAUUUCAAACUCACCUGUUUUUUCUCAUUUCUCUGAGACGCUUGGAGGUCUUACUACUAUACGAGCAUACAGACUUCAGAAAAGAUUCAAGAAGAAUAUCAUUGGUAAAAUUGAGAGAAAUCAUGUGUCCUUCUGUUUCUUGCAAGACAGUAACCGAUGGUUAGGGAUACGAUUGGAUUUAACUGGAUGUAUGAUGGUUCUAGCUGCUGGACUAACCAGUCUUGCUGCAUCGUCUCUCCAUCCAGCUACAUUUGGAGCUAGUCUUGUUGGUCUUGCAAUAACGUAUGCAUGCAAGGCUGCGUAUUCCCUGACAUGGGUUGUUCGUAAUGCCACCAGUGUUGAGAUGGGCAUGAAUUCUGUUGAGAGGAUUGAAUACUACACCAAGGUAGACAACGAGAAAUACCGAGGUUCUAUUACGCCAAAGCCUUCCUGGCCUGACAAAGGUCAUGUUACAUACAAUCGAGUGUAUGCUAGGUAUGCAGCUAAUUUACCUGCUGUUCUUCAAGGAGUCAAUAUUGAUUUCAAACCAGGAAUGAAGGUUGGUAUAUGUGGGCGAACGGGAAGUGGGAAAUCAUCUCUGACAUUAACACUUUUCCGAAUCAUCGAUACGUUUAAAGGAGUGAUUAAAAUCGAUGGAGUAGAUAUUUCCAAGCUAUCACUAACCGAUUUAAGAGGUCGCCUUGCUAUCAUACCUCAAGACCCAGUCAUGUUCACAGGCACAGUACGAUUUAAUUUGGAUCCUGAGAAAAGACGAACUGAUACGGAGAUAUGGGAUGCUUUGGAAAUUGCUCAACUUAAGAAGCUUGUGAGCGAUCUUCCGAACAGUCUCGACUCAAUGGUGUACGAGGGAGGAGAUAAUUUCAGCGUAGGUGAAAAACAACUCUUCUGUCUUGCUCGUGCUAUGCUAAAGAAAUCUCGCAUUUUGAUCAUGGACGAAGCCACGGCCUCAAUUGAUGUCCACACGGAUGCCAUUUUACAAGAAGUGGUCGCAACUGCUUUUAAGGAGGAAACAGUCAUUACAAUCGCACAUCGAGUAUCGACUAUACUGGACUCAGAUCAGAUAGUGGUACUUUCCGAAGGACAUGUUGCUGAACUUGGAACACCGGAAUCUCUGUUAGCUAAAGAAGAUAGCAUAUUCGCGUCUCUCGUUAGAGCCAAGUCUUAAUCACUCUCAUUUACAAGUGUCUAUAUUGUUGGAAGUAUUUGUUGGAAUAAUUGAUUAUUAUGUAUGUUGUUAUGCAUUGUUAGAGUAAGCGUUAAAGCUAAAGGGUAAGUAAGGUAUCCAGAGUUUACAUAGGCCUUAUUUUAGCAUGUUUAUGAGUAAAUUGAUGGUAUGAAUGCGGUGUAACAGAAAAUUUCGUUUCAGUAAAUCUUGAAAUACUUGGUAUGAACAAGUUCUUUAUUUGCAACAAUACAAAUUUUAUAUACAACAAUUAUGACUUUAAGUUAAAAAGAAGGGGUUAAAGGGUAGCAACUUGAGAAAACUCUAUACAAAACUGAAUGAUUUAGAAAAAAAAAUCAGAUUUACGAUUCAUGUGCAUAACUGAACAGCAUCGUUAUUCCGGAUCUUCAAGACAAAGUUUGUUUUCCAUUAGAAAACAAUGGUAAAUACUAUUCUUAAAAAGAAUGUGAUUUUCCUGGGUGUUUUUUCACACUUCAUAUCCAUGCUAUGACAUUGAACAUAAGUUAUUUUAUCUGUGUAUUCACUACAAUUCAUACUCAUGAGCGUACUCUUUAUGUAUUGAACGAAAUAUCGGAUUAUGACUUUCUAACUUAAGUCUCAGUUGAUGACCCCCCC